AGAGGGACAGCGGAGGCAGGCCGGCUUGCAAAUGUCGCCUCACGACAUCCCCUAAAUGCCUGCGGCUCUGAACCACGACCCCUGGGGCGGAAGUCAGAGCAUCUCUUUGCAGGGCACAAACGCGAGACGUAUUGCUCAACACAGCCAAGAAAGUAGCGCGUUACGAACAGGUCACGCAUGUGAGUUUGCUUUUUCCGAACUGUAAAACAAAACUGAUCUUUAAGUAGACCGGCCGCUAAGAAAUAUACAUACAAGCACCAUUAUUUAGAUGGCGAUCUAGCUCUUUGAAUCUGGCUUUCACGUCCAGGGGCCUGGCUGAAGAAUCAAAUGUCUAAAGCCAGAGGACAAAUGAUUCAGGAGUUCUUUUAGCUAAUUUGGACUUGAGCUAUGAAUGGCGGAGCAACUACUCAUUAAGGCAGCUCAACAUCAUCUUAGAACUGGGAAGAAGAAAGGAUUAUCAUCUUCAGCCUCCUUGAAUGUAGCUGGGGAGGUACUGGCAGUAGCAGCUGGCUUGAAACCAGCUUUUCUGUAUGAUUACAAUUCUGCUGGGACUUCUCAGAUCCUGGACUAUGUUCAACAUCUUCAAACUACCCUUCAACUUAGAUGCCGGCUACAUGUUCUGAAUAUUGCUGAAAAUGUUCUAAUAAUCAACUUGGGACUGAUGUGUCUGUGUCUAGAGUCAAUCCUGCUUAGCAAUAAUGUCACCUUCAUUGAUGUUUCUGCUUUUAGACCAUGUCCUACCUUUUGUAACCCAGAAAAUGUGAGCCUCAUAAAAGGCCAUCUGUCAGAGAUAUUGAAUCACAUUAAAGCAUUAAGAGAAGAUACAUCCCAGACAGUAUCUUCAAGUGAAAUCUUUUCGACUGAAUGGAAUCUCUGUACUCUAUUUGGUGUAUUGCUAGGCUAUCCAGCAUCCUAUAAUUUUUCUACUCAGAUGAGUUCUGGUAAUUGCCUUGCUCUAACUCCACUGAGGGUGUUUACUGUUCAAGCCACAUUUUGUAAUAUAAGCAGUGAUUUCAGAGUUCGGUUUUAUUCUUUCAGUAUCCCAGAACUCCUGUAUCCAGUCAUGAAAAUAAGCCUCAGUGCAUGGUGUGAAAAACUGAAGGAUGCUUUUAAACUUCAGAAAGACUUUGCUAAUCUCUGCAUUACAAGUGAGGUGGUUGCUCUAGCAGCAGUGGCCUUGUAAAUAUGAAUCCCGGUUCAGAGAUAAAUAACAGUUUUUCUCCACAGCAUCCUACUGAUUUUUUUUUUAAAGCUUCAGAACAGGGACAGUUUGGCAGAUUAGUCCAACCAAUUACAUCAGUGUUUU